AACGAUCUCGCGAGACACGCAGAGUGCGAGCAGCUUGUGUUCGCUGCAGCCACCGGUGGGGGGUAGCACCGAAAGCGAUUAUGCGGCUGUUGGGCCUGCUGCUGUGUUCGGCUGCGCUGCUGGCGGUGGCGGUGCCCGGGUGCCGGGGUGCGCGCAUCCUGGGCCUGUUCCACUUCCAGGGCCGCAGCCACUGGGCCAUGGUGGAGCCGCUGCUGCGCCAGCUCGCCGCCAGGGGGCACAACCUCACCGUCGUGUCGCACUUCCCGCACAAGAGCCCGCCGCCCAACUACCGCGACGUCAGCAUCCGCGGCUCCGUGCCGACCAUCGUCAACAACCUCACCGUCGACUUCGUGCGCAGCCUCAAUGUGGUGUUCUUCAUGUGGCAGAACACCUACGACUACUGCGAGAACAUCUUCGAACAUCCCGGUCUGACCGAAAUCUUGACGACGAACGAGAAGUACGAUCUCAUAAUGACGCAGGUGUUCGGGGCGGACUGCUUCGCCGGCUUCCUGCACCGCUUCCGGGGCACGCCCGUGGUGAGCCUGACGACGAGCGUGAUGCUGCCCUGGAGCAACACGCGCAUGGCCAACCCGGACCACCCGGCCUACAUCCCCAACUACUACCUGCCGUACGGGCCGCGCAUGACCUUCACCGAGCGGCUCGUCAACACAAUCGCCACGGUCGCCACCAGCGUCGGCUUCGACUAUUACUCCGCCAGCCUGGUGGACCGCCUCAACAGGCGAUAUUUCGGCAAGGGGAUUCCCAGGACGGCGGAUCUGGUGACGAACACGAACCUGAUGCUGGUGAACAGCCACUUCAGCAUCAACCACGCGCGGCCCUUCGUCCCCAACGUAGUGGAAGUCGGCGGAAUGCACAUCCCCAGCAAUCCUAAGAAACUGCCCGAUGAUAUGAAGAGGUUCCUGGACGGGGCCCCGGAAGACGUGGGCGCCGUGCUGUUUACAUUCGGCUCGCUGGUGCGGACGGAGACGAUGCCGCUGCAGAAGCUGGUGGCCUUCGUUGCGGCGUUCAGGCAGCUGGCCCCGCAGCGCUUUAUAUGGAAGGUGGACGCGGACGCCCUCGCCGAACUGGGACUCACCGUCCCCGACAACGUUUACACGGCCAACUGGGUGCCGCAGUUCGACGUUCUCAGCCACUCCAAGUUGCGGGCGUUCAUCUCCCACGGCGGCCUCAUGGGGACGCUGGAGGCGGUACACUGCGGGGUGCCGGUGCUGGGGAUCCCGCUGUUCGCCGACCAGAAGCUCAACGUGCCCAACAUGGUGCGCCACGGCGUCGCCAUGCAGAUCGAGCUGGACUACGUCAACACCGACCUGCUCGUCUACGCGCUGCGGAGGAUCACCGCGCCGGGUUCCAAGUACCGGCUGCGCGCCAAAGAGCUGUCGUGGCAGUUCCGCGACCGGCCACGGUCGCCGCUCGAGGAGGCGGUGUACUGGACGGAGUACGUGAUCCGGCACCGCGGCGCGCUGCACAUGCGGCCCGCCUCGCUGCGGCUCAGCUGGUACCAGUACCUGCUGCUCGACGUGCUCGCCUUCAUCGCCUGCACCUUCUGCCUCACCACCACGCUCACCUGGAUCCUCCUCAAAAACUGCCUGUGCACGCACAGUCAAAGGAAGCGCAAGAGGUCGCGGAUCGAGAGGAGGUUCAGAGCGACCUGAGUGACCGCGUACUGGGCCGACACCGUCCCCCAAAGUGUUGCCCGAACUGUGACGUCCUGUUAGUAUACCAGGCUGAAUACUAGCUCGUAGUAGGAAUCUCUUAGUCCUUGGCUUCUGGAGACACUUUUCAUUGGUGAAUAUCUAUAAACUGCCAUUAAUGAAUUAGUAGGUAACUGCUUACCUCUAACUAUUAUAGAGCAGUUUCCGACAA